AUGGCUGGCAAAUCUUGGUUCGAAGUAUUCGGCGAGGAAGCCGAAGCCGAACGGUCUGCACUCUCACCUGACCUAGUCCAAUUCCUCGAGCAAGUCCAGAUUCCGCGCGUAGAAGAAGAAAGAUUCUACCCCGAGUUCUUCUACUGGGUUCAGGGCCUGUCUCACCCUGAGUACAUGUUCGAGUUUGAAGACAUGUUGUGGGAUUACGACUACAAGAAUGACGAGGAGGAGGGGGAAGGUGAUGAGGAAGGUGAUGAGGAAGGUGAUGAGGAAGGUGAUGAGGAAGGUGAUGAGGAAGGUGAUGAGGAAGAUGAAGGUGAUGAGGAACAGGAAGGUAACGAGGAAGAUCAAGGUGACGAGGAAAAAGACGAUGAUGAGGGAAGGCGCUUAGUUCUGUAUGCUGCGGCUCAUUUCGAUACAGGGCACAUCUGUGGAUUGAUGUAA